GUGAAAGUCUCCAUAUUUACGAUCUUCUCAGUAUGACCCCAUCAUGGCGGCGUCCACCAACACAGUUGAUGCCUCGGUGCCGGGCGGUUCGAGCCCUAUCGCGGCGGGAUCGGGUCCCGACGGUGGUUACUACCAGUACAGUGUUAUCCUGGAGCAUCUGAUCGGUGAUAAGAGGCAAAUAAAGGAUCUGAAUCCUUCCAUCAUGGGGGGGCUGCCGAACCCCCACAAGACGGACGAGCAGAAGAUGAUCGAGCGAGGCAUGGAGAGCUGUGCUUUCAAAGCCGUUUUGGCCUGCGUUGGAGGAUUCGUUCUAGGAGGAGCGUUUGGAGUUUUUACGGCAGGUAUUGACACCAACGUUGGGUUUGACCCCAAAGACCCUAUGAGGACACCAACUGCAAGGGAAGUGCUGAGAGACAUGGGGCAAAGAGGGAUGUCCUACGCAAAGAAUUUUGCCAUCGUGGGGGCGAUGUUCUCCUGUACGGAGUGUUUGAUUGAAUCACACAGAGGGAAGUCUGACUGGAAGAACGCAGUGUACAGUGGCUGUGUCACCGGAGGGGCCAUCGGAUUCCGCGCUGGUGCGAAAGCAGGUAUCCUAGGAUGUGGAGGGUUUGCCGCAUUCUCUGCUGCCAUCGAGUAUUACCUGCGAUGAGCAUCACCAGGACUUGACCAGCAAUCUCCUUCCAAGGUCACAGGGACUCUCACUGAUGCUGCGUAACGUUUCUGAACAGCAGCUGAACAUGUCAGGAUUUAAUCCACAAACCAGCAGGGACCAGACUCUUAGUGUGGGAGCGGCCGGGAUGUUUUGCAGAUGUAGUAACAAGGUGUGCUGUUAGAUGUAAAAAUCAUAAAUGCCUAAUUUAUUGUAAUAAACUGAGUUGUGAGCCAA